AAUGUCUUUGUUGUCUCUCUACCUCUGAAAGCAGGUGAAGCAAUCCAUCUUCCACCUGUGAAUGGCUCAAUUCAAUCAAAAAAGAAAAUUACAAAGCAUUGCUUUCUUUGUGGCAAGAAAACUGGAUUGGCAACCAGCUAUGAGUGCAGAUGUGGAAACAACUUCUGUGCAACUCACCGCUAUGCAGAGACUCACACCUGCACCUACGACUAUAAGAGUGCAGGGCGAAGGUAUUUGCAGGAGACCAAUCCCGUCGUUAGUGCACCAAAGCUUCCCAAAAUCUAACAUGGUUGUGCUACAUGUGGCCGUUCUGCCAUUGAAGAAUUGUAUUGCAUUCAGAGAAGCACUUGCUUAAACUGCAUAAUUUUGCCCUGCUCCACUUCUAAAGAUUUGCCAAGUAACAAAAGCACAUGAGGAUGCAUCCUGUUGAAGAAUAAUGUGAACACUACUGCAGUUAACACUUUUCUUCUUUAGCGAACGGAAAGUUAAAGAUAGUUUUUAAAAACUUACACUAUGAUUUAACUGUUACUGCACGUCUUGUGUUAAGUGUUUUAUAUUUGGAAAGCUAUUUCACUAGACAAGUCUUUAAAAGAUGCACUUUACUAACUUUAUUUACUGUAUAACCAGACUUGAGGGAGUUCUGUAAUAAGGGUGUCAUGUAAUGUCUUCUGUACUCUUGCGUUUUUUGUCCAUUGCGUGGGAUUUUUAAGUUAUUUCGCUAGAAAAAUUCUUCCCUCCUCUUUCUUUAAACAGCCUGUUGAGAUCUUCAAGGGGUAGUGCGUUCUGUCCCUCUGUUCCAUUCAGAUUGGUGUUCAUUCACUGUAUAUCCAUUCUGAAAAUAACAUAUCAUGUUAAUCACACUUUCUUAAAAUAAUACUAUUUAUAGGGCAAGUUUUUUUAAAUAGAAAAUUUCCCCUUUGUUGCCAUUAAAUAUAAGGAACGAUUUAUUUUAACUUUUUUUGUAAUCCUAGAUUUUUUUAAGACUUCACAACUUGGUUUGUUAAGAUGUUGAAUGCUGUUACUGGAAGAAAUUCUAAUAAAUAUUAAAUUUUA